AUGACCGAAUAUUUAAGAAUGUCGGGUAUGUAUUGGGGUUUAACGGCUUUAGAUUUAAUGGGUACUCUACAAAAUAUGGAUAGAGAAGAAAUAAUUAAAUAUGUUGUUAAUUGUCAACAUGAAAGUGGAGGCAUUCGACCAAGUCCUGGCCAUGAUCCACAUCUAUUGUACACUUUAAGUGGUAUACAGAUUCUAUGUUUAUUUGAUGCAGUUAAUAGAUUAGAUUUAAAUAAAAUAGUCGAAUAUAUUCAAAAAUUACAACAAGAUGAUGGUUCAUUUAGCGGGGAUAAAUGGGGAGAAAUUGAUACCAGGUUUUCGUUUUGUGCUGUUGCAGCCUUAUCUUUAAUAGGAAAAUUAGAUGCGAUAAAUGUUAACAAAGCAGUGGAAUUUGUUUUAUCAUGUAUGAAUUUUGAUGGCGGUUUCGGUUCUCGUCCAGGUUCAGAGAGUCAUGCAGGUCUCAUUUAUUGUUGCGUAGGAUUUUUAUCAAUUACAAACAAUUUACAUUUGGUUAAUGCUGAUUUACUUGGAUGGUGGUUAUGCGAAAGACAGUUAAACUCAGGGGGAUUAAACGGGAGGCCAGAAAAGUUACCAGAUGUAUGCUAUUCCUGGUGGGUUUUAUCAUCAUUGACAAUUUUGGGUAGACUCCACUGGAUACAAAAAGAAUCCCUUGUUAAAUUUGUAUUAGCUUGUCAGGAUUCUGAAAACGGAGGUUUUAGCGACAGGCCUGGAGAUCUUCCAGAUCCAUUUCACACACUUUUCGGACUUGCUGCUCUUUCUCUAUUGGGUGAAAAAUCAUUGAAACAAGUUAAUCCAACUUAUUGCAUGCCUCAAAAUGUUAUCGAUAAAUUAAAUUUAAAACCUCAAAAAUUGACUGUAGGAGAAUGA